AUGCGCGGUAUUCCGCCGUCGCCGUCGUGGUACAGCGCGCACCUGGCGUGCGCGACGUCCAGGGGAGAUAUCUUUGCGUACGCGUCGGAUAAGGCGAUCGUGGCGAUCGAGGGCGAGCGUGGGAGGGUGAUUUGGAGACGGAAUGGAAAAGCGCGAGCGAACGCGCUGUGCGAAGCGCUCGGCGAGUGCGAGGAGAGCGGGGCGCAGAAGCGUGUGUUCGCGUGCGGAUGCGCGGAUAAGACGAUUCGGGUGUUCGAUGUUGAGGACGGGAGCGCGCGAGGUGGGGGGCUCUCGGGGGGACAUCGACACGAGGUGAGCGCGAUUAGCGCGCACGGCAUCGGGCGCAUCGCGAGCGGGUGUCGGGACGGAACGGUUGCGGUGUGGCGGAUCUCGAGUGAUGGCUCGGGAUCGCUCGAGAGCUCGCAUAGGGGUAUGGAUGGCCCUAUCACCGCUAUGGCGUCCACGGGGGACGUCAUCGCCGUCGGUGGGGCGAACGGGACGGUUUGCGCGCUGGAUCCGAGCACGGGUUCGACACAUCGCGUCGCCACGAGCGGCUAUGGCGAAGUUACGUCCCUGUCGUGGACUCGCACGAGAACUUCGGACGGUCAGACGAAAGAACUCCUAGCUGUCGGAAGCCGAGAGCGACGAGUAACGAUCUGGGCGCUGGAUGAGGGUAAACUAGUGAACUCGCACGCGCUUCUCCUGCCAAAGCCGACAACGGCGCUGAGCGAGGCACAGCGCGGUCGCGUUUGGGUCGCUGUGGCGUGGACAGACGCGAGCGACGAAACGUUCGCUGAGUUAGUGACUUCGGGACAGGGUGGAGAUUUGCUUCUAUGGAGGGUGCCGUUGACCUUUGGCGAUGGAAUUGAAGAGGUGAAACAGGCAAAGACGUUCGGACCGCGAGAUGCGGCGCACACCCGCACGGUGUUCACGGUGACCACCGCGGACGACAAGUGUUGGAGCACUAGCUUAGAUCGAAAGGUCGCGUGUUGGGAUCUGGAGACAAUUGAAAUGAGGUGGUCAUAUACCGCUCUGGGUGGAUACGUGUACGAUUUGACGACGGCUGCAGACGAUCCGUUUUCCGUGGCAAUUGCAUGCGGCGACGGAACGGUGCACGCAUGGGAUCUUUCGCCCACAUUGUCUUGUGACAUGGGAGAGUCGGUGUUGUGGAAAGGCAUUCCAAAUACGAAGGUGACGUCCGUCGCGCGCAAACCAAAGAGCGACGUUGUCGCGUUCGGACUCGACGACGGGCGAGUGGGCUGCUUCGAUUCAACCAGCGGAAAAUUCGCGUGUUACCCCGAAUGUCACGGUGCGUCCGUCCAUCAGCUGAAAUGGCUUGAGAUACGCACCGAGGGUGAAGAGCAGGGAGUGUUUUCGCUCACGAGCCUCGGCGCAGACGGUUCAUUAAGACGUUGGUUGGAGACGUUUGAGCCCUCGACGUGCGACACGAAAAAGUCUGGCAUCGCAGACGCGCGUAAGUACGGCAAAUACUUGGAUUUAGCGCAGCUAUGCCAAGGAGUGGGUUCGAGCGAAAAUAAGUACAUCGAAACGUUCGAUCAAUCACCCGUUGUCGGGCGUUUGGCGUGCGGAUGGUCCACCGGCGAGUUGAGCGGUCACGAUUUCGGUGAAGUUCUUUGGCAACAUCGCGAGCACAGUAAGUCUGUGUCUCGCGUGCGAUGGCAUCCAGAGUCCGACGAUGCAUCGAGCCAAUAUUCAUCGUGGCUCGCUUCGUCUUCGACCAGCGGCAGCAUCCUGAUUCACGGUAUCGGUGGUUCCGUCCUUUGCGCGCUUCCGCGGGCAUCAGUGCAUGACAUUGCCUGGUCACCUCGCGCUAACGUUGCGAUUUUGGCGUGCGCGCUUCAUGGAAGUGUCAAGAUAUGGAGCGUCGAUAAGGUGGCGCACGAUUUUAAUCUCAGCAACUUGGCUGUUCUGCACGGACACGUCGGAAAAGUGAUGUGUGUGAAAUUUGCGUAUCACGAUGACAACAUUGUCUUGAGCGGCGGCGAUGAUAAGACAUUUCGCAUUUGGAAUUAUACUGACACGGAUCACGCGCCGCGCGAUGCCGAAACGUCUGCGAUUAAGUUGGGUGCUUCUUUUACGGACGACAUUGUCGUUGAGCAACCCAGCAAGGCGCCGAGUGCGAAGAAAUCGUCUUCCUCGGUGAAGAGCAAAGCGCCCAAAUCGACUGGAAUUAGUGGUCCGCUGUUGAAACCUCCACAGGGAGAGAACACGCCGGAGGGCAUAGAAGUAGGACGUGCAGCCGUGCUCGCGCUCGCACGACGUGUUUUUAAGGGCGAGGCCACCGAUGAAGUCGCCUCAGAUACGCUCACGUAUGGUCCAAGCGGGACAGCGCUGUACGAAGAUACCGACGCAGCAAUGGCGCUCCUGUCAAACGAGGCUGAAUCGGCCUCCCGAAACGCGAACUCGUUCAAAGACGUCGAACGCGCGGUAGCUUUGCACAUAUAUCAAGGGGAUUACGCCCGAGCUGCUCUGACGCUGUUGAAAGCGAGCGAUUCGCCGCUGCCGAGUGAAUUCAUGUCGAUUUUCGUUGGCGGCGGUUACGAGGUAUGGUCGACAGUCGCCGCAGCGCAGUGCGAAAGACUCGCUGCUGCGGGAGAGUUCCAGCAAGCUGCAAUGUUACGGUUGUCAUUGCACGACGUUCGAGGAGCGAUACGAACUCUCAGACAGGGCGGGAUGAUUCGUGACGCCGCGGCGCUCGCUGCUGCCAGACUCCUACCAACAGAUGAACUUCUGCUCGAGACGAGACACGAGCUCGCCGCCGCCGAAGAAACGCGCGGAGGCAUGGAGGCAGCGGCGAAGACACAUAUUUCCCUCGGCAAUGCGGCCGCCGCCGUGCGCGCUCUGAUGAGACCUGAGGUCGGCGGAGCACUCGCCGCCGCCAAACUCGCCCUCAUGUGCAACCUCACUGGUCCGCAGGAGAGACGCACUGUGGUUCGCGCUGCGAUCGAGCUCGCCGAGAAAGACAACUACACCGAUGCCAUGGACCUUCUCAGCGAGCUCUCCGAUAUCUUACGACGCGAUGGACAUGACGUGGACGUCACCGCGGCUGUCAUCGGCACCGCCAACGCGCCUGAAGUCGCCGCCGAGCUCGCUCGACGCCUCGCCGUCGCAUCCAUCUAG